AUGUCAACUACUAAAAUUCACGAUGAACUGGUGGAAUUCAUUAUCAGAAAAGCAGAAGACAUCAAAUCUCCAUUCAACAUUUCUCAGUUGAUCAAUGAUUUCAAACGAGAGUACAAGAGAAUGGAUUCUGUGCGAAAUUUGAGACACAAAAUCGCAACUCUUCGCUCAAAAAUUCCCGAAUUAGAAGACAUAGAAACAGAGAUGAAGAUCAAACUGCUAUUCGGAUUACAUGCUCCAGUUGAUCCAGAUUUUUUAGAAAAGCUUAAACCGAAUGCUGAGUCUUUGAAAUUAGAUGAAUUUCAACGCAUUAUUGAGUACACAGAUGAAAAGAGAGGGCUGGAGUUGAAAGGAGAUCAUAAGACCUUAAUCUAUCAAGACGAAACAACAGAGACAAAAUUGUUGAAGUUUUUGGUAGAAAAAUCAAAAGCUGUGGAUGUUCCAUUUGUUGGCUUAUCGUUCUUGAGAGAAUUCAAAUCUUUCACUGGAAAUUCUUCUUCACUUGAAUCUCUGCGUUGCACAAAUGACCGUCUCAGGAAAAAAUUAUUUCGAUGCUCCAAUUUCGAUAAAAAUACACAUAUAAAAAUGUUAUUCAUUUCGAGUGCCAGAGUUCCCGGAUGUUUCCUAAAAGUACUUCAAAAGAAUGCAACCGUGGCAGUUGAUGAGAAAGGAAGAAUUACGAAAUACGAAGCAAAUGAUGGAAGUCUCAUACUAGAAGGAGAUCAUAGUCUUUCGUCGAAAGUGAAACUAUCUCUCUCAGAAAGAUGGAAUAGUAUUCGUCGAAAAGUUGAAUGUGAUAAAAACGAGGACAGCAGUAUGGACAGCGAUAAUAACCUUGGCUACGGUAAAAAAAUGAUUUACUUCAUCAAAUUUGUGAUUGAGAAAGCAAAAAGUGUAAAUGCGCCAUUGAACAUUAGCAAUAUGUGUGAAGAUUUCAAGAAGUUAAGUGGAUCUUCUAACAAUCUUGAUUGUUUGUAUAAAAGAGUAAGAAAGUUUGGCGAGAAAGUCCCUCUUAUGGAUGAAUUCAACACAUCUUCAAAAGUCAGGAUGCUGUUCGCUCUUUCUACUCGAGUUCCAGAUGAAUUCUUGAAUGAACUUCGAAAAGAUGCCGACGUACAAGUUGAUCGUUGGAACAGAAUUAUCAAAUAUCAAGCGAAAGACGGAACUUUGAGUUUGGGAGGAGAUCAUACUUUAUCAGCAAAACAAAAAUUAGGAUGGGUUACUCGAAAAAAGAAAAUUGCCGCUAGAGCAGAACAUGAUGAAGUAACUGAGAGCGAUGAGAAGAUAAAAGCUGAAAGAAAGAAAAUGAAAGCUACGAAAAGAAAGAGGGCAGAAAAAGAGAAUGGAAAACGAUCGAGAGUGGAUCUCCUCAGAAAUGUUUCUGAAUCAGAUGAAGAUGAAUCCGACGAAUCAGAUGAAUCAGAUGAAUCAGAAGAUUCAGACGAUUCCGAUAUGGGAGAAAUCGAAGAGAGUCAUAAAAGAAGAAAAAAAGAAACGCGAAGCGCCGACUAUGAUGCUCACUUGGGACCAGUUACAAGAAACAAAACCAAACAGUCAAUGAUCUCGAUUCAGAAUAAGAAAACACGAACAACUACAGAAGACUGUUCUAAUUCUGAUAUGGAUAUUGCUGAUGAGGUUAAUGCUGGAGAAUUCGAAAUGGAACAGGAUGUCUCACGAGUAGAGAGAAUCGCGGAAGACUUCGAGUAUGAUUAUCCGCGUGAUUUCGACAGCAGCGAAGGUCUGCCAGAAGAAGUUAUUACUGAAACUGACAUGUUAACCGACCGAAAUGCUGAUGGAUCAGGACCAUCUACUAGUAGAAAACGAGUCGUCCGCACUUCAAUCCGUCAUUCAUCAGAAGGAGAUGACUGCAAGCCAGAUGUUAAUAGUGCACAAACGGAAAACAAAGCGAAUAUUGUGGAAAGUAGCGUAAAUGGAGAAAAAGAUGAGGAUGGACGUGGAAAUAAGGACGCAAUAUCACGAAAAACAAUUCUUGAGUCCCUCCAUACACUCUUGCUAAUUUUGGAGCUGUCGGAUCUGGAAAAUGUGCAGAAGAAAGUUGAACAAAUGUUAGAAGAAGCAAAAAAUAAUAAUAAUACUCUCCAAGUGCACGGAGUUCUCAUUGCUCUCGACACAUUUCUCUAUAUGUCGAUGAAAGAAGCCGCAAUGAAGUGCCCACCAGGCACAGAGUCAAUCAGUCUCAAGGAAUUUCUCACGGUUCUUCGUAUUGUUGUCAUUUUCAUGAAGUCCAAAAGUCUCUUGAAAUUUCCACAGAAACUGAAAGUUAUGAUUUCAGAACUGUCAAUUCAAGAUAAGAAAAUCCCAGUACAAUCAAUUGCAGCUGCUCUAGAAACAGCACUCAAUAUCAUCUCUUCUUAA